AUGUCAUCAUCACGGCCUGCUUCUGCUUCAAAAGUUACAAAGCCACCAUCACGACCUCCAUCUGCCUCACAAAAUACAAAGGUUACAACAGAAUCACGAGUCACAUCUGCAUUAUCGCGUUUUCGUGCUGCUCAGAAUAAUCUUUCAUUCGAAGUCAACGCUGCACAAAAAACACAAGAUCGUCUUCGAACACAGCCGGAUGAUGAACGGGAACAAUUCAUUAUUCAAGUCUUUGUUGAGACAUUUGGAGAUGCUAUUCGUAAUAAUCAAGAUGCUUUUCGAGGUCGUUUUCGGAAAAUGGCUGAAAAUUCAUUCAAUUUUUAUCGCGGCUCAGCAGUGCUCUUCUAUCACGAUUUAAAAAUCGAUCAAGAUCCGUGGAUUGCUCGAAAUAAUUUAGCAGGCAGUGUAUUUAUUCAUGGUGAUUUGCAUGCAGAAAAUUUUGGUACCUAUAUGAAUUCACAUGGAAUAUUGAAUUUUGAUGUCAAUGAUUUUGAUGAAGGCUAUUGUGGUCCAUUUACAUGGGAUGUCAAACGACUUUUGGCAUCACUCUAUUUAGUGGCUUAUGGAAAAGGUUUUUCUAACGAUACUAUUCGUCAAAUAUUGGCCGAAUGUGCAAAAGCAUAUGUGAGACAAGUAUAUGAGUUUUGUAAGUCGUCAGCAGAUCAAUUGGCAUUUACAUUAGAAAAUACGACAGGCAAAAUUCAAUUAUUAUUGAAGGAAGCACGCAUACAAUCCCAUGCCGAUCGUUUAGCGAAGAUGACAGUAAUUGAGAAUUAUGAGCGUAAAUUUAAGCAUACAAAAGAUACAAAUGUUGAUGAUCAAUUAUACAAAGAUAUAACUCAAGCUUUCAAUACAAAAUAUCGUGAUUCCAUUCCACAACCCAAGCAAAAUAUGGGAGGUCCAAGUGGUAGAAGCAUUUCAUACAAAAUAAAAGAUAUUGUAAAAAUUUUGUCUAGUGGUAUUGGCUCUGCUGGUACAGAAUCUUAUGGUAUUCUUCUUGAAGGUCCGACAGAAGCAUUAGAUAAUGAUGUUGUUCUCUUCAUGAAACAAGCUCUACCUUCGGCUGUGAGCUAUGUUAUCAAACAUCCUGAACUUGAAAAGUAUUUUGAGCACCAUGGUCUACGAGCCGUGCUCUGUUCCUAUGCCAUGCAAGCGUCGACACCCCAAUGGCUGGGUUAUACAACAUUACGUGAAAUGCCGUAUCUUGUUGAUGAAGUAUCAGCUCAUUCAAAAGGUCUUAGCUGGUCAAAUAUCAAUAACCUUACAGAUGUGCUCGAAGUUGUUGCGUACUUGGGCAAAGUUACAGGUGAGAGAGAAAGUGCAUGUUCUAACUACAGUGAUUUGUGA